AUGUCUUCAUUUUUGGGCAUUCAGGGCGAGACGGAGUGCACUACACAAGAUUUCAUUGGGUCUAGCUCGAGCUCGAACCUCGAUGCCCACUCACGGAUGGAGCAGGGAGAAGAACGCGAACAAGUCAUCCUUUCGUUAGCACGCGAAUUCACAGUGCAAUCCCACCAAACUCACCACGAAUCACCAUUCCAGGCUAGUGAAGGCUCCACUCUCGACCCGAAUUCUUCUGCGUUCGAUGCUCGCUCGUGGGCGAAGGCGUUCUACAACAUACGGUAUACCUCAGAUGUACCGGCGCGCGUAGCCGGAGUGGCCUUCAAGAACCUCAACGUUUCAGGCGUUGGAUCGCCUACCGAUUUUCAAUCCAGUGUUGCGAACUCUAUUCUCAAGCUACCAGCGCUCUUCGGAAGAGGCGCCCAGAAGAUAGAAAUCCUCCGUGAUCUGGAUGGUUUGGUUCUUCCUGGUGAACAAUGCUGCGUGCUGGGGCCACCAGGGAGCGGCUGCUCUACUCUGCUCAAGACAAUAGCGGGAGAAACGCAUGGAUUCAAAGUAAACCCGGACUCGCAACUCAAUUAUCACGGAAUCGCACCGGCGGAGAUGCACAAACAAUUUCGAGGAGAGGCCAUCUAUACAGCAGAGGUUGACAGACAUUAUCCCCAGCUGACGGUGGGAGACACUCUGUAUUUUGCCGCACUCGCCCGAACCCCACGCACCAUUCCAGGAGGUGUCUCGCGGGAACAGUAUGCGGAACAUAUCCGAGAUGUCAUCAUGGCCAUGUUUGGUAUCAGCCACACUAUCAACACCUGUGUUGGAAACGAUUUCGUACGCGGAGUGAGUGGCGGUGAGCGGAAGCGAGUGACCAUUGCUGAAGCCGCUUUGAGCUAUGCACCCCUCCAAUGUUGGGAUAAUUCUACUCGAGGCCUGGAUUCUGCGAAUGCAGUCGAGUUCUGCAAGACGCUUCGUACUCAAUGCGAUGUCUUUGGGUCUUCGACUUUCGUUGCCAUUUACCAGGCUCCGCAGGCAGCUUACGACCUGUUUGACAAGGUCACGGUGCUAUAUGAAGGACGACAGAUUUACUUCGGACCUGCACAAAGCGCCAAAAGCUACUUUGAGCAGCUUGGGUUUUCGUGUCCCGAUGCUCAGACAGUGCCCGACUUCCUGACUUCUAUGACUUCUCCAUCCGAGCGAGUCGUCAAACCCGGUUUCGAAAAUCGGGUACCCAGGACCUCCGACGAUUUCGCAAGAUGCUGGCAACAGAGCGAAGGGCGAAAGAUUCUUUUGGCUCAGAUCGACGAGUACACCCGCAAUCAUGCUCUGGGUGGUGUAGGUUGUAGCAAGUUCGCCGAGGCGAGGAAGGUGGAGAAGUCCAAGGCACAACGCGAGCGCUCGCCGUAUACCCUGUCGUACUGGGGACAAGUCAAGCUUUGCAUGUGGCGAGAUGUGCAGCGCCUCAAGGCCGAUCCUUCUGUUCCGAUUUCGAUGCUUCUCAUCAACUUUAUUGAAGGAUUGAUCAUCGCUAGUAUCUUCUUCAAUCUGGCAGAUGACACAUCUGCGUUCUUUUCUAGAGGAGCUGUCCUUUUCAUGAUGCACCCAAGCGCAGAAGCUCUGGCUAGCAUGAUCGUGGAUAUGCCCUACAAGAUCACGAAUGCGGUAAUUGUGAAUACAACUCUGUAUUUCAUGGCAAACUUGCGCCGCGAUGCAGGGUCAUUCUUCUUCUUUUUCCUCGUCGCUUUUUCCAUGUUGCUGUCGAUGUCAAUGUUUUUCAGGUUCUUUGCUUCAAUCACGAAGACUAUUGCUCAAGCACUCGCGCCAUCGUCGAUCAUCUUGAUGGGGCUCGUUUUGUACACCGGCUUUGCUAUUCCUGUGGCUGAUAUGAGAGGUUGGGCAAGCUGGAUCCGCUACAUCAACCCGAUCUCCUAUGGUUUCGAAAGCGUUAUCGUAAACGAGUUCGAUGGCCGCCAGUUCCCGUGCGCGCAGUUUGUACCCUCAGGACCAUCCUACGAGGCCAUUGCACCUGACCAACGAGCCUGUGCUGUCAAAGGUGCUAUCGCCGGUGCCAAUUACGUCAACGGGACCGCGUUUGCGAGCACGACGUACAACUAUCAAUACGCCAAUCGAUGGCGAAACUUUGGAAUUAUAGUGGUCUUUGUGGUUGGUCUCGCCGCCUUGCACCUGAUCACGUCUGAAUUAGUUGCGUCGGCCCGCUCCAAAGGCGAAGUACUUGUCUUUCGUCGCAAGAACCUCAAGGCGAUGGCAAAGCGUCGGAAAAUGGACGAAGAAACUGGGAGAAACACUACAGCCCAGACUGAGAAGUACACCAGCGACAGUGAUGCUGCUUCGAUCGUUAAGAAGCAGCAGAGUAUCCUCCACUGGGAAGAUGUCUGCUACGAGGUGCAAAUCAAGGGCAACACCCGGAAAAUCUUGCAAAAUGUCGAUGGCUGGGUCAAACCAGGAACGCUGACAGCCUUGAUGGGUGUGAGCGGCGCCGGAAAGACUACUCUGCUGGAUGUUCUCGCGAGCCGUACUACCAUGGGAGUCAUCUCCGGAUCAAUGUUUGUCGACGGUCGCGAGAGAGAUGGUUCCUUCCAGCGACAGACAGGAUACGUAAUGCAGCAAGACAUACACCUUCAUAGCAGUACUGUACGCGAGGCGCUCGAAUUCAGUGCUCUGCUUCGCCAGCCUGCAGAUUACUCUCGGGGCGAGAAGUUAGCGUAUGUUGAUGAGGUCAUCCGCCUGUUGGACAUGGAAGACUACGCUGAAGCCGUCGUCGGUGUCCCUGGCGAUGGCUUGAACGUUGAACAGCGAAAGAGACUUACUAUCGGUGUUGAGAUCGCCGCUAGACCGAGGCUGCUACUUUUCCUUGAUGAACCGACUUCCGGUCUGGACAGUCAAACAUCGUGGUCCAUUUGCGAUCUAAUGGAGAAGUUGACGAAGAACGGGCAAGCGAUUCUCUGCACCAUCCAUCAACCUAGCGCGAUGCUGUUCCAGCGAUUCGAUCGCCUGCUUCUACUUGCCAAAGGCGGCCGUACGGUCUACUUCGGAGACAUUGGAUCUCAGUCACACAUUCUUGUUGACUAUUUCGAACGGAAUGGCGGACCGAAGUAUGAUUCAAGCAUGAAUCCCGCCGAGUAUAUGCUGGACGCCAUCGGUGCAACACCAGGCUCAACACAUACCGAAAUUGAUUGGCCUGCUGUAUGGAAGUCCUCUGCUGAGUAUGCAGAGAUACGAACAGAACUUGCAAGGCUUCGACAACUUCGUAAUGAGCCAUCCGCGGUCAUGGAUACCAACUCUUCCAGCUACCAGGAAUUCGCCGCGCCAUUUGUGACCCAAUUUCUUGUCGUCGCAAACCGCUGCGCUCAGCAAUACUGGAGGACACCCUCGUACAUCUAUUCUAAAGCUCUUUUGUCUAUUGGUUGUUCCUUGUUCAUCGGCUUCUCGUUCUACAAGAUGGAAAACUCUAUACAAGGACUCCAGAAUCAGAUGUUCGGAAUAUUCGUGUUCCUGUUCGUCGUCAUUCAGCUCAUGUUUCAAAUCAUGCCCAACUUCGUAGUGCAGCGGACUUUGUACGAGGCGCGCGAACGGCAGUCUAAAACCUACGUGUGGCAAGCUUUCUUGUUUUCUAACAUCUUUAUUGAGAUGUUCUGGAACUUAAUCAUGGGUACUUUCUGCUUCCUGGUAUGGUUCUAUCCUGUGGGUUUGUAUCGGAACGCAGAGCCUACAGAUUCCGUGAGCAUACGUAGCUUCGGAAUCCUCCUCAUCAUCGUGGCGACGUUCAUGUUUGCUAGCUCCUUCGCUCACAUGCUGAUCGCUGGCGCGCCGAAUGAGGAAGUUGCAGGAGGUAUCGCGACGAUCAUGAGCAUUAUGCUCUACGCCUUCUGCGGCAUCCUAGCUGGGCCGGACAAGCUUCCUGGCUUCUGGAUUUUCAUGUACCGCGCAAAUCCGUUCACCUACCUCGUAAGCUCCUUCAUGAGUACGGCGCUCGGCCAAGCGCCCGCGUACUGUUUGCCGAACGAGUUCCAGACAUUCCUACCGCCGCCAAAUCAAACCUGUGGCCAGUACAUGCAAGACUACAUCGGUAUGGCCGGAGGCUAUCUGCAGGAUCCAAGAGCGACCGAUACUUGUAACUUCUGUCAGCUGUCGAGCACUGAUCAAUUCUUGCAACAGAUCAACGCUACGUGGGAGAACCGAUGGAGAGACUUUGGGCUGUUGUGGGUCUAUGUUUUGUUCAAUGUCGCAGCCGCUACGGCGCUGUAUUGGUUAUGCAGGGUACCUGGGGUAAAGAAGAAGACGAAGACCCCCUAG